GGUACGACCAACGAAGGUUAUUUUUCUUUCUUUCUUCCUUUUCCUUUAAUGCAUUCCUAUCAAACAAGUAUAAACACAAGCAUGCGCUCACGAUAGCAAUGCAUUGUUUUUUUUUUCGAAAAUAAUCACAUAUGUCUUUCUUAAUAAGCUCAUAUAUAGCAAGUUUUAAAACAUGUGACUCUUUGGUUUGCUGGGUUACCGGGAUACAAGCAAAAAAAAAGCAAUCAACUGUUUUUUGUAACCAUAUGUUUCUUGUCAUUAUAAAAUUUAAUUGUGAUUAUUCAUAAAGUUAAUUUAGUUUUCUAGUGCUGACUGAUAUGUGAAAAUUAAUUAUUUGGAGUGAGAAAUUGUAAAUCGUUGAAUGGGAAAUUAGCCGAAGUAUUAGGAAAUUGGAAGAGUAAAUGUUUUACUUAACGAAAAUGAAUAUCGAAAGAAAAACGUUUAUAAGUUUGAUAGUGUUAGCUGUGUGUGUUUUAAGUGCUUGCGUAAAAGGCGAGGGCCAAGAGCCUUCCGCCCAAUCGGCUUUGCCCAUAAAUAUUGUAACAAAUCAAGGGCAAAAGAAUAUAUCUGAGGUAGCUGUAAGACCUGUAGAAUUGUCAACGAAUACAACAAAUGAAAGGACCAACUUAACGUCGAAUGAAGUUGGGACAAUCAAUAAUACAAAAUCAGCCAAUGAACAUGUCAUUAGUGAUAUUAAAAUAAAUAAAAAAGUCAACAAUAAUAAUGAAAAAAUAGUACCAAGAGUAACUGAUGACCCCAAAAAUCCGACAAACAAUGGAUCGACAACAACUGUGGCUCCUGCUACUAAUUCUACGCAGAAUUCGACGUCAGCAGUAACCGAACCGCCUUUGCCUGAUCACCAUGCAGUGGAACAGGAACACAAUUCGUCCCUCUCCUUGUUUUUCGUUAUUUGCGUUAUUAUGCUGGGCAUUCUACUGAUUCACUUUAUGUUACAAACUGGUUUUCAAUAUCUUCCCGAAAGUAUUGUUGUAGUAUUCCUAGGCGCUUUAAUCGGUCUCUUCCUUAAAGUCAUGACAGGGGAAAAUGCCAGUUGGAAACGAGAAGAAGUAUUUUCGCCUACCGGCUUCUUUUUGGUUCUACUACCACCAAUUAUUUUUGAAUCGGGUUACAAUCUUCAUAAGGGUAACUUCUUUCAAAAUAUUGGCUCAAUUUUAGUGUUUGCCAUUUUUGGAACAACUAUAUCAGCUUUAGUCAUAGGGGCCGGAAUAUACCUUUUGGGCUUAGCUGAAGUAGCUUAUCGUCUAAAUUUUUCGGAAUCAUUUGCCUUUGGUUCUCUUAUUUCGGCAGUGGAUCCCGUUGCCACAGUAGCCAUAUUUCACGCAUUGGACGUUGAUCCUGUACUGAACAUGUUGGUUUUUGGUGAGAGUAUACUAAAUGAUGCUAUUUCCAUUGUUUUAACUACUACUAUCACGCAAUCGGCGAACAGUCGUGCUUAUGUCCAAGGAACUACCGGUGAAGCCAUAUUCUCGGCGUUAAAAACAUUCUGCGAAAUGUUUUUUGCCUCUGCUGGCAUUGGGGUGAUAUUUGCUUUAAUUUCUGCUUUAUUACUUAAGCAUAUCGAUCUGAGAAAGCAUCCUUCUUUGGAGUUUGCCUUUAUGCUAAUGUUUACCUAUGCUCCCUACGUUUUGGCUGAGGGCAUUCAUCUUAGCGGAAUAAUGGCCAUAUUAUUCUGUGGUAUAGUGAUGUCCCAUUACACUCAUUUUAAUUUAUCCACUGUUACACAGAUUACUAUGCAACAAACCAUGCGUACUCUAGCUUUUAUAGCCGAAACUUGCGUGUUCGCUUAUCUCGGUUUGGCGAUUUUCUCAUUUAAACAUCAAGUAGAAUUGUCCUUUGUCAUUUGGGCUAUUGUCCUUUGCCUAAUAGGAAGAGCCUGUAACAUUUUUCCUUUAGCUUAUGUGGUAAAUAAAUUUCGUGAGCAUAAAAUCACAAGCAAAAUGCAAUUUAUUAUGUGGUUUUCUGGCUUAAGAGGAGCCAUUUCCUAUGCUUUGUCUUUGCAUCUCGACUUAUCAAGUGACGAGACACGCCACGUUAUUAUUACCACUACUUUGAUUAUAGUGUUGUUCACUACAUUAGUAUUCGGUGGAUCUACGAUGCCUCUGCUAAAAUAUUUAAAGCCGGGAAAAAGACGGUCGCGUCUUUCUAGGGGAAAUGUCGUUGAAGGACCUAGAAAACGCAGCGGUUCUCGCAAACGUGCCAAAUCGAUAUCAUUAUCGAAAACUCGCGAAUGGGGUCAAGCCAUUGAUUCAGAACAUUUAUCCGAGUUAACCGAAGAAGAAGACGUUUCAUUUGCGCAAACUCGGAUCGACGGCUUCGGUCGUUUAGAUCGUAAAUAUUUUAUACCUUUUUUUACGCGCCGUUUCAACAGUCAAGAAUUGCACGAGUGCAAAUCCCAAAUGGCCGAUUUAACUAAUAAAUGGUAUCAAGCUAUACGUGUCAGUCCUAUUGAUUCCGAUGAUUCAGAUGAGGAAAUGGGUUUAUCAUCAAGUACAAGUCAAGCUACUUUAAGUGCUCGCACAUAAAUAUGUUCUUAAAAUAAACUGAAAUUAUUUUUGCACACAUACACGUGCACAUGAGAGCUGUGAAUAGAGAAAAUAAGUGCAAUAUUUUAAAAAGUCAAGAAGGUGGCACUUUCUGCUAAUUUAAAUGGUAUUGGAUUUGCCGAAUUUUCAAGGACGUCUUUUAAGGUUUAAUAAUAAAGAAAAACAAAAAGUCGAAGUUAAAAGUCAAAAGCUUGAAAGUUUUAUUUAAAAAAAAUACCUCUUUGAUAUGUGA